UGCAAUAAUAUUACCGUUACCCGACGAGUACGUAGGUCUACCAUUCAACGCUAAUACGUGUGGGUUUUUCCAGUAGUGAGAAACUCCCGUUGCGCAUGUUCGUUAUAGUCGAUACCUAUAAUUUUACAUUAGUAUGCGGAAGUAGGGUAUGCGAAAACCUGCACCGUUUUUGAUAAAUUUUAACGUUGUUUAUCGUCAAUAAUCCAUUAAUGUUGACGGCCAUUAGAUUCAACUGUACGUCGUGAGUAAAGAUAGUAACGUCUACAGAUUCAGGUUACAGGAUUGUGCGUUCUCACCGAGAUGGCCGAAGCUGCACCACCCACUGAGACCACUUGCAAGAUUAGACAUAUACACAUCGAAUGCCCAAUCUGCCUGAAUCGGUUUACCGAUCCGAAAAUACUGGACUGUCAUCACAGCUUCUGCCUGAAAUGUCUUCAGGAACUUGUAGCCAAAUAUGACCAAAAAGAGGAUUGUAUAAUUUGUCCAGUGUGUAGAGAGAAAACUUCAAUCCCAGAAAAGGGAGUGUCGGCUCUUUUUAACUGUUUUUUCUUGAGCUCGCUUAUUGAUGACGUCAUCCAUCUUGAAGGUCCGGAGGAGGACAUCAACCCUCCUGUCUUGACUUGCGAAGGAUGCGACGAAGGUCUUGAAGCCGUCUCACGGUGUGUUGACUGUGAUGCGAAUUUGUGCGAUAUAUGUCUGGAAAACCACGCGAAAUUAAAAAUGAACAGGCAUCAUCAAAUCGUUAAUGCUGUCGGCUCGUCAAAUCAGCGACCCGAGAACAAGGGCAAACUGGAAUCACCAAAAUGCCGGAAACACACUGACCAGGAACUGUGUUUUUAUUGCGACACGUGUGACUUACUUGUGUGUCUCAAAUGUGUGGCAUUUGAUCACCGAGCACAGAAUCAUAUUCUAACAGAAAUCACUGCUUGCGUUCAAUCCCACCGUCAGGCUGUUGAAGCGGAAUUAAUGAAGUUCGAUGAAUGUCGUAAGCAUUUUCAAAAAGUUGAUGAUUCUAUCAAACACUCACAGCAUAGAUUACAACUCAUGGUCGACCGGGCUCUUCGAGAUAUUGUGGCUAAGGAGGAAGAGGAAAUCACUAAAAUAAGAAAUGCAUCUCGCCUCCUUCAAGAAAGAGUCACUCAAAUCGGUCAAGAAAGAGGUGAGGAAUUCGAAAGCAAACUGAGUAGCAAUCACGAUAAGAUGAGCCGUGCAGAGCAGAUCGUAGCGUCAGUCAAGGACUUGAUGCAACAAGCUGAUGACUUUGAGCUGCUGGACCUCAAAUCAAAAAUCAUGCACAACUUAACAUUCCACAAAGAGCUCCAGUUUCAAGCAUUGCAGCAUAGCAAGUCAUUCAUAGGGUUCAAAGGUCAUAUUGUCGUCACUGAUGCGGAUAUCGGUGAAAUACUAGAGGAAGAGAAGUGGGAGGUGAUGACAGAGUUUGGUAAAGAAGGGGAAGGUGAGGGGGAGUUCAAGUUUGCGUCAGACGUUGCUUGCUUUAGCAAUGGUGACAUUGUCGUCACUGAUAGAGGGAGGGAUCUAAUAUCCACAUUUACAUCAAAGGGUAGUUACAAAUCUACUGGUGUUCACAGUGAAACAGAGGAUGGUCAACUAAAAGAACCUUAUCGAAUUGCCGUGACCUCCGAUGACCUGCUUCUGGCUACUGAUGGACAUGCUGUGAAGGUUUAUGAUAGAGAACUGCGAUAUGUUCGUCAGUUCAGACCCUCACAUAAUGAGGUCGAGGGGCAGUCAGGGAAUCUCCGUGGAAUCGCAGUGGACAAGAAAGAUCGGCUUGCAGUGGUUGACUGGAAGAGAAAGAUAAUAUCUCUCCAUAAUAUGGAUGGAUCCAUCAUUUCUACAAUAUAUUAUGGUGACGUUAGUGAUAUCUGUCGUCUUUCUGUAAGCAGCAAGGAGCGACUUAUCUUUCGAAACUUCUAUAAGAAGAAACUAGUUUGUCUGGAUUUUACGGGAAACGAGGUGUUCAAUAUCAGCACCAUUGACGGCAAGCCGGUAAAACCUCUUGGUGUGUGCUGCGACGAUGCUGGAGACAUCUACGCGUCUUUCAUUUACGUCUACGAUAUACAUGUAGAGGGAACCUGUGAGAUACAUCAUUACGAUGCAUCAGGUGAGCACAUCGGCUGUGUAGCUCGUGGCUUGCACAAUCCUCUAGGCAUGACGUUUACUCCUACCGGUGACCUCAUCGUGGCUGAUCACAACUCGGUCAAGAUUUUGCGUCGCGUGUGA